GGAGCGACCUACUGAGCGCGUCGCGAUCACAUGGUUCACGCGCGUCAUCAAACACCACGCACCGUCACACGCCAGCACCGUGUGCACAUACAGCCUAGCAGGCACACCAGGCAAACGCGCUCCGUGCGACUAUCGCGUGGGCCGGUUCCUGCUCUCCGCGCGACGUAAGUCUUCCAAAUGACCUCAGCGGCUCGGUCAAAAUAAGUCGCCCUCUAAUCGGCCCGCAGGAAACCCGUCAACGUGGUCGGCCCUCUCGUCGCAGACGUCGUCUUCCGCCAGCGCGCACCACCACCACCCAGUGCAACAGGCGCCACAGGAUGUUCCGCACGCUCGUCGUCCGAGGCCUCCUGGCGCGACAAGCCCCACAGCAGCGCCGUCGGCUCUUCAUCAACGGCUUCCGCACAUUCAUGCUGCAGAGCUAUCGCCGCUCGCUGCUAGUCACAUCAACAAGAGCGAACGAUUCGCAAAUAUGGCCCGCAAACAAUUCACACCGCUACUAUUCCUCGUCAUACCCAGCGCACACCAAAGUGGUGCUGCCGGCACUCAGUCCCACCAUGGAGGAGGGCACACUCAUUAGUUGGGCCAAGAAAGAGGGCGACAAGCUCAACGAGGGUGACCUCCUCGCCGAAAUCGAAACGGACAAGGCCACCAUGGCGUUUGAGACCCCCGAGGAAGGUUAUCUCGCCAAGAUACUAAUUCCUGCUGGGUCCAAGGGCGUUCCGAUCGGCAAGCUGGUGUGUAUUAUUGUAGAGAACGAGGCCGACGUGGCAGCGUUCAAGGACUUCAAAGAUGACUCUCCAGCACCGGCGAAAGCCGCCACCGCCGCCGCAACGCCCACGGAGGCUCCGGCAGCACCAGCCGCGCCUCCACCACCACCGCCACCUGCGCCAGUGCAGCAAGCGCCGCCUCCAGCCGCCCCCAAGGAGGCGUCCGCUCAAGGUACACGCGUUUACGCGAGCCCCAUGGCGAAACGCCUUGCCGAGCAAAGACAGAUUCGUUUACAAGGAAAAGGUACAGGUCUGUUUGGUUCGAUAACAUCAUCUGAUCUUGAUCAAAUGCCAGCAGGAGGAGCGGCGGCGCCGGCAGCGGGACCACCUUCGAUGGGGGCGCCUCGGAUUCAAACAACCGCGGGAAAUUCCUACAUUGAUAUUCCUAACUCAAACAUGAGAGCUACCAUUGCCAAACGCCUUACACAAUCCAAGUCAAUGAUUCCGCACUUUUAUAUCUCCGCCGAGGUGAGUCUGGACACCAUCAAUAAACUGCGUAAAAAAAUCAACAAGCAGAAAGAGAAGGAGGGUGUCCGUCUGAGUGUCAACGACUUCGUCGUCAAAGCCACUGCCAUGUCCAACGUAGCCGUUCCCGAAGCCAAUUCCUAUUGGAUGGACUCCGCUAUUCGGCAGUUCGCGAAUGUGGACGUCAGCGUAGCGGUGGCGACCGAGAGCGGGCUGAUCACGCCAAUUGUCUUUGAGGCCAACCGUAAGGGUGUUCUUGAGAUUAGUAAGGAGGUUAAGUCGUUGGCUAAGCGCGCCCGCGAGGGUAAACUGCAGCCGCAGGAUUACCAAGGUGGCACCGUCACUGUUUCCAAUCUGGGUAUGUUCGACGUGAAGUUCUUCACCGCCAUUAUUAAUCCGCCCCAGAGUAUCAUCCUUGCGGUCGGCACCGGCAUGGAUAAACUCGUUGAAGAUCCAAAUGCGCCUAAUGGAUUCAGGACGACAAACACGAUGAUGGUGACACUCAGCUGCGACCACCGAGUGGUGGACGGCGUCGUCGGUGCGAGAUGGCUGCAAGCAUUCCGCCAAUAUCUGGAGGAUCCUGUAACGAUGGUGCUCUGAGAGUGUGCGUCGGGUGGCAUCGUUCUUUUUUAAAUUAGGCUCCUGUAUCGGUGCGAUAUCGGUGCAUACACAGUGUACACACAUUUGAUAUUUAUCGUGGGUUUGUAAAUAAUUGCAAGUUGCUAUCUGCGGAGAUUGGUGCGUUCGAGCCGGCUCGAGACACCAUUGCAAAACGCAUUUUUGUUUUCACAAAACCAACCGCAUUUUGUAUAAAUAAAUAGUUGUUCGAUUAUCGCA